UUAUCAAAUCGUUAGAAAAUGAGUAGCUGUAAAGAUAAACUAGUGAAGGACAUGAUAGUGCAACUUCUGCCGAUUUAAUUGCAUUUAUUUAGUCAAUUUCUGCGAGUCAAAGUGCGCAGACACGUCCUUUUUGAGAAUUCCAUGCCAAUCAAUAAUAAGGCAAUUGUGUAAAAUCUUCGCCGGCCUAUAUAAUUUUAUUUCUCCGAUAAAAGCAUCAUUAAAACAUGACCAACAACGAAUUGCGUCGACGAAAGCAUAGAGACCAAAAUGGGCGGCCGGCACCCAACAAAAAACGGAAGGAAAUUCAACCUUCAAGCAUACACAAGUCGUUUUUUUGCCUCAUCAUCAGCGGGACUAUCCUGACAUUGUUUAUCUUGCUUUACAUUGACAACAUUCCAUGGCAUUUGGGACACAGAGCCGUAGACAGCAUUGCCAAAAAAUUGGGGUACCACAAACCGGUACACGCCGUUGUGAUAGACGCUGGUAGCACGGGAUCCAGAGUUUUAGCUUUCACGUUCCAUGAAUCCUACUUUGGGGGCCACUUAGUCUUAGAUAAAGAAUUAUUCAAGUACACCAAGCCUGGUUUAUCAUCGUUCGCCGACAACCCCAAAAAGGGGGCCCAAACCAUUGCCAACUUGUUAGAGGAAGCCAAAAACGAAAUUCCAAAAGAGUAUUGGAACAAAACACCCCUCAUCCUCAAAGCUACAGCAGGCCUACGGCUGCUCCCCCAAGAAAAAGCCGAAAAUUUGCUCAACUCAGUCCGAGAACUGUUCAAAAAGACCCCAUUUUUGACAAACGAUGACAGUGUGGAGAUUAUGGACGGGACAGACGAAGGGAUUUUCUCUUGGUUCACUGUUAACUUCCUCCUAGAGCGCUUGUAUGGAAACCCUGCCAAGACCGUGGCGGCCCUCGAUCUGGGAGGGGGCUCCACUCAAGUGACUUUCUCAGCCUUGACUCCUGCCAGUCUUUCGCAAAAACAGUACAUCCACAAAGCCGUCGCCCCCCGCGGUCUCAUCCCGGUGUACACCCACAGUUACCUAGGUUUAGGUCUAAUGGCAGCUCGGAAGGAAGUGAUUACGUUUAACCAGCCUAACCAAAUUAACGUGACCUCGGAUUGCGUCAAUCAUAUCAUUGAAGCGCGCAAAUUUCAUUAUGGGGGCACGGAUUACUACGUCAGUGGCCCUAAAGUCAACUACCCGGUCUCCAAGGUAAAAGACUCGACUUACCAGACUGGGCAGGAGACCCCCGUUGUCGAUUUCGCCACGUGUUCACAAAUCAUAACCGAUUAUGUUGUGUCCAAAGCAACGCCGCCUGAGGAGCUCCCCACGAAAAUCAUUUUCGCCUUCAGUUAUUAUUUUGAUAGGGCGACGGAAGUUGGCCUAAUUGAUGAAGCGACGGGGGGCAGCAUUGACGUCGAAGCGUUUAAAAAUGCCGCCAAAAAAUCAUGUGCUGACCCAAACGCAGACCAACCUUUUAUGUGCCUUGACCUUACGUUCAUUUGGGUUUUAUUGGAGAAAGGAUUUGGGUUGCAGAGUGACACUAAGAUUUAUUUAUUCAAAAAAAUUGAUGGUCACGAGAUUAGUUGGGCACUAGGUGCAGCUUACAAUUUACUGAGAGGUUGAUUCGUUUUAACUGUAAUUAAACGCACGAUUUUUAUUCACAAAAUUUGACUGUGCCUUAACUGUAAAUAAGUAUUUAGUUGAUAGGCUGUGCAAUAAUUUGUUUUUAUCCAUCAACGUUUGUAAUUUUUCCAAUUAAUAAAAUCACUUUUGUUUUAA